GAGAGAGAGAGAGAGAAAGCGCGCGCUGCGCACAAGAGAGAACUGCGCAUGCGUGUCACAAGGCGCCAAAAAAAAUCAAAUUAGAAGGGUUUAGGCGGUCUCUGUGCGCUAAACUACUUAGGUAGAAAUCACUUGUUUUAUUAUUACACAUCCUAAAAGUUAAAUUUUUAAGUUUAAAAUUAAUAUUACUCUGAAGUAUUUAUGCUAGAGAUGGAGCAAUCACCAUCUUUUCGACGCUACCCUCGCCCUUCCUCAGUUGGGCCAGAGGAAAUGGCAGCGGCUUGGAGACGCAGCUCCCGCUACCAGGAGGCACCCACCCUCCGAUCUCCAGGUCCUCCAUGGGAUAACGUUAAUUCUUCGGAUGGUGUAACAUUGGAUGAUGUUUGGAAAGUCAUGUCUGGGAUUGUGACAAAUAUCCAAGAGCUAAAGGAGGAAGUCCGAAACAAUGGAAGAGCAAUUAGGGAGAUGGAGGAAAAGCUCGAUGGAGUCCUGUCUGUGAGAAAGAAACAUGCUUCGUGUAGUGGCGUAAAAGUGCCUGGGGGCCUUUCUGCUGCGGUGCGACAAGUCCACAGACAGCUUGGGGAGGAUUUGCAGUGGAAAGUGGGACCCAAUGACUGCUUCAGGUCAAAACACAAUGAGCAGGUGACAAAGUCAGUCACUGAAGCCAUUAAGGACUCUGGAGAUGCCUGGGGUCCAGACAGUCUGUUGAGAAAGGCAUGCAACAGAUACUUUGAAAAUUUAAAGUCGCAGAAGAAGCUUGACCUGGAGGGCACAACAGAUGUGAGCAAAAGGAAGAAAACCCUUACUAGUCGUCGUGACAGGCUGUUCAAAAAACGAGUGAAAGUUGGCCGUGAAAUUCUAAGCCAGGAUGAUUUUGACCAUCUCCUUAAUGCAGAUCCCAACUUCAUGUCAGAUGAGGAAAGUGAUGAAGAUGACAAAGGGGUAUUCAUCGUGAAACCUCCAAGGUGGAGAGAAAAGAGGCUAACCGCGAUUGUGCAGCAGUGCCAGCAGGUCUUGGAUGAAAACCGUCGAACCGGUGUCAUGCCAUGCACUAGCCGACCUAGAAAACAUGAGGGAUUUUCCGCCCGAGAGGCGCCAGCGGCACAAGAAAAACAAAAAUAUGUGGAAAAAGUUUAAUUUAAAAGUAAAAAACCGACUGAAUAUUAACCAAAAAACAGAUAAAACUUACUUUUGCUGGGACUGGGACUGCUUGUGUUUUGAGACUUUGCAGUGCGUUUUUGCACUUGCAGUGCGUUGGGCUUUCUCGGCCAAAACAAAAAUAUGUGGAAAAAGUUUAAUUUGAAAGUGAACACCAUGGAAAAACAAAAUAAAAUAAUAAAAAAAAACAU